CAUUACAGAUAGUCAAAGACCUCACUCCGACUUUCAAAGAACUAGCACUAGCAGUAGAAGACAUUUUUGCUAGUUUCCAAGAGCGUAAAUGUCCUAAUCAGAAAGGUUCCAAUUGUGGAAUCCUAUUUGACAAAGUGAUAAACUGUGAAACAUGCCAAGAAGAAUUUCAGAUGUGUGUUGGGGGUACAAACAAAUGGUGUACCGGUAAGUAACCUGUCAAUAACACAGAAAUAAAUAAUAUUAUUAGCAGAGCUGGUUUAUUCACCUUUAUUGUGGCUGCUGGACCAGUUUUUAUUUUAAUAUUAUUUCUAAUUAGAGAGUCAUUAAAUGCAUGUACUUAAGCUAUGUAAUAAUAUAAUAACCCCAUAUUGGUUUUUUUUUUCAUAGAUUUGGUGAAUUCAUGUCCGAUGUGCCAGUGCAUUAAAGGCAAAUGUUUCGAUGUAAGGACUAAAGAACCCUGCACACCUUGUAAAGGAUACUCAGAGUGCCUUCAAGAAAUAUUGCCGUGUGGGACUCGGGAAAUUCAAGUUGAAGAAGAAGCCGACUUGAAUUUUGAUUGCAGCGUUAAAUUUCAUUACGGCAUCCGGGAUGAAAUGGAAUACGUUCUUGAAAAGAAAAAUGGCUCAACAAUGGUUCCUAUACAAACAUUCUCCCAGCCGACAUAUGUUAAAUAUUUAGCCGACUUUAGUGAUGUUGGCAUUUAUUCCUGCACUGCACGAUCAAGAACAACGAGGUUUCCAAUCAGCACAGUUGAUUUUAACGUAAAAGUGAUAAAAGGCGCAACAAGACCUCUGGAAAUCAGUCAAGGAACACUGCCACCAAUUCAAGAUAUUCCAGAUAUUCCAGAUGUAGACUGGACAUUAGUUAUAGCAGUGGCCAUUCUUAUUGUUAGCAUUUUCCUGGUUAUAGGUGUAAUAGUCGGCUUGAUUUUUUAUAUCAGAUGGGAUAGUAAAACAUACUUGGAUUAUGACGUGGAACAGCAGAAAAUUGCAGAAAAAGACAUGUUGAGAUUGACAUCGUUAAAUAUAAUGAAAACAGUGAAGACUCCUACUGAAGAUGGGUUUUCACCGGCAGUUGUUAGGGAGAAUUUAGAGAUUAUAACUGAGAAAUAAGAAUGUUAAUUAAGGAACAAUCUGAGAAGACAGAAUAAUGAGGACACCUACUUUAUAUCUACAAUCAAGCAAUUGACUCCAGGCAUUAAACUCUUCAUUCUUCUCAGUCUCGAAGAUAUUCGAUUCUUAGAACUACUAUGAUGUGGAAACCUCGUGUGACAUCACUGCCAACAGAAUUCAAUCUUUAUCUUUCAUCAAAGAUCUGUUUUUUGUUUUUUUUAAAUAUUGGUUCCCAUAUGAUAUA